AUGCCCAACACAUUACAAGAAGCUGUAGAGAGGACCCAAGCAGGAGAAAUGAUGCUUGCACGUAGUCUAACUAUGUUUGGCUCCAUCACGAUGUUUAUUAUGGUGACGAACACAGAGGUUGCACCCUCCGCAGUUGCUCCAAAUAGUGCCUCCUCCGACGCCACGAGUAGCGACCCCGUGUCCUCAACAACGAAGAACCUCGUGGAACAAGGGGUUUCCUCUGCUGUGAUAAACAGACCAAACCAGCUACCAUUGUUCAGGUUGGGAAUGAUGAAGCGAGUGGUCACGAGACAAAAACAGGAGGAUGAAAGACCUAAAGACAAUAAACAUGAAAUUCCAAGUAGAAGAGUAGAAGGUCGUUGUAACAAAAAUAAUAAGAAUAAGGAAGCACUCAAAAAGGAUACGCCUGAUGAUCGUGCAAUAAUGAAUGAUUCGGAAGAGACGUCCGAAGUUUAUUUGACCUUAAAUGUGUCGUCAAAAUGGUAUAGGGAUUAA